CGUCGUUGGUGCGGGCCGCGUGAAUGGAGCUCCGCGCAUGAGGCAGCGCCUGGCACGGCCCGCGCGGCGCCUACCUGUGCCCGGAACGUGAUUGUCGACCGCGGCCGUGCGCCUGCGCACUCGCUUUCGCGCGCGGGCAAGCGCCCAGCCGUUGGCGCGCUAGCGGGGCGACGGUGCAAAGCGGCCCCGCGCGCCCCGCCGGCCGGUGGUUGCGGGGCCUCCCCGCCUGGCGCGGGGCUGCGGGCAGCCGUGGCGGCCGCCGGGGACCGCAAGGGGCGGCGCAGAGGCGGAACGGGCCGGCCGCGAGCCGCGCAGGAAGCGCCAAGCAUGCCCCGUGACAACAUGGCCUCCCUGAUCCAGCGCAUCGCUCGCCAGGCGUGCCUCACCUUCCGCGGCGGCGCCGGGGGCUCCGAAGCUCCGGCGCCGGGCUUCCCCGAGAACCUGAACCAGCUGAAGAGCCUGCUCACCCAGGUGCGCGCCGAGGACCUCAACAUCGCGCCGCGGAAGGCGCUGCCGCAGCCGCUGCCGCGCAACCUCCCGCCGGUCACCUACAUGCACAUCUACGAGACAGACGGUUUCAGCCUGGGCGUCUUCCUGCUCAAGAGCGGCACGUGCAUCCCGCUGCACGACCACCCGGGCAUGCACGGCAUGCUCAAGGUGCUCUACGGCAAGGUACGCAUCAGCUGCAUGGACAAGGUGGACACGGGUGCGGGGCCGCGGGCGCCACCGCCUGAGCAGCAGUUCGAGCCGCCGCUGCAGCCCCGGGAGCGGGAGGCCGUGCGACCAGGAGUGCUGCGCUCCCGAGCCGAGUACACCGAGGCCAGCGGGCCCUGCAUGCUCACGCCACACCGGGACAACCUGCACCAGAUUGAUGCGGUAGACGGGCCAGCCGCCUUCCUGGACAUCCUGGCCCCACCCUACGACCCGGACGACGGCCGGGACUGCCACUAUUACCGUGUACUGGAGCCCAUCAGACCCAAGGAGGCCUCCAGCUCUGCCUGCGACCUUCCCCGAGAAGUGUGGCUUCUGGAGACCCCACAGGCCGAUGACUUCUGGUGCGAGGGAGAACCUUACCCAGGCCCCAAGGUUCUGCCUUGAAGCACCCGCUACCUGGGAACGGUGGGUCAAAGUUGUGCCCUGCCUGGCUCGAGAAAGGCCUGGCUGCCCACGACCUACCAUAAGGGCUCCUCUCUCUGUCCCCUCCCCUGAGCGAUGGAUCUACUGGACUGACCAGCGCCUCAUCUUGGACAACCUUGGGGAGUACGGCCCACUGGAGUACAGCCACCGGGCACGGUUAUGGGGGCGGGCGGGAGGCUAGGUCGCUUCCUGGUACUGUCAUUGCCACCAAGGCUUUGAUUUAAGGGAGUGGGGCAGGGGACCCUAAAGCGCUUCCAUCCUAAAGCCAUAAUGAAAAUAUUCUUGUUUCUCAAGCUCUACAAAAUACACUAAAUAUUUUGAACCCCUCCUCCCUUCGGUGACUAAGAUUUGUUUUCUCUUCUUCCCAAAGGACCUUUUGCUCCUUAAUAAUUUAUUGCUGACCGUGCAUGACCUUGAAUUGUUUUUUAGUUAAAGCCAUUGGUUCGGUUUUAACAAAACAAAAACAAGCAAAAGUACAAAACCGAGUUUCUAAAGUGAGUAGAUACGAAAAGACAUCUUUCCAGCACUGCGGUUCACUCUCUUGGAGGAAGAGUUCUGUCCUCCCCUGGCCUAGUAGCCACAUUUGGAGUUCUCAGGUAGCCUUUAGUAAGAUUCACAUGUGUGGAUUCCCUGAGGUCACCUUCCCCUUGAGUCUCCAGAUCUGUCAUUAGAACAGUUCUGUUGUUAGGGAUUCACCUUUAAAGCAAAGGCUGUAUUAUCCUCAAGUGACUUUUUUUCUUAGUGUUCUUCAAAGACGAUACAGUAGAGUCAGGAGCUGAAUCUGUUCUGCUUCCAAAUAACUGAAUGUAAAACCCAUCGCCACCUGUUGAAAUCCGUACAAUUUACUUCCAGGAUCUUCCUGUAAAAGUGAAGGCAAAUACUCUGACCAUUUUUUGUAUUCUCCAGGAACCCUGCAGAGGGCUGUAGUUCCCCUGUGUUGCUGCUGGUCAUAUCCUAGCCCUCCCUUAAACAAGAGCCACUCUUGCCUACUGAUGCCCUUCCUGCAGGAAGAGGUGGAAGGCCUGCAAUGCCCUGGGAGUGGCUCUGGAUGUAGGCUGCCUGCCAAGCAGGCAAGAAGCCCUCACCUCAGUCCUCAGCAGUACAUAAUCCAGUAUGGCACACACCUAUAACUCUAGCGAUUAGGAGGUGGAGGCAGGAGGAUCAGAAGUUAAAGGUCAGGCUUGGCUACAUAGUGAAUUUGAGAGGAUCCUUGAAUACCUGAGACACUUACAUAAGUGUGUAUAUGUAUGUUUGUGUGUGUGUGUGUGUAUAUGUAUAUAUAUAUAUAUAUAUAUAUAUAUAUAUAUAUAUAUAUAUAUACACAGAGCUAUAUAAUGGAUACAUGGGAUAGACAGUUGAGAAUUUAGCCAUUUUAGGGCACCAAGAGUGGAGAUUAGACCUGUGUGUACCAACUCUUGGAGCAAACACUAACAGCUGUCUGCAGCAUUAGCACCGGCUGGGUACCUUUACCUUGUUUACAAACGUGUUGGCACCCUAACAUUUGGCCAUGGAGCACCGGUUCUCCCUUCUAUUUAUAGGGUUCCUUUUUAUCACAGGCCUUUUCAUAAAGACAAACUGUAGAAAUAAAAUGUGUCCAGCUGUCUUGAUUGCUCAUGUGGCAAUAGAAUUCUAAUAUCUGUAAUAAAUGGAGACUUACUAUCAAGGGUAGCUAGUGUUUGUUGAUCUGGUAGGGAAGCUGCUUUUGACUCCGUGUAUCUAGGUUACACAGACCCAGGCUUACGGGGUGCUUGUUCCCAGUCGUUAAAGUGGUCCGAAAAAGCAAAUUAUUGAUGGUGUGGCUUGUGGGUUUUUUGUUUUGUUUAAUAAAAAUGAAAAUAACAGGCCAGAGAAAACCUGUUGGAACUCUGACACAGAUCCAGCACCAAGCACUUCCACCAGGGCUGCUGGAGUUCAAGUUGCUUCCCGUUGUAAUGCUUAAAAUGACUUUGGAUCCCUGUGAAACAGCUCUUUGAGCCAUCCAUUUGAAAAUCUAGAUAGCAAGUGAUGGUUUUAAACUUGACAAUAUUUUUUUUCAUAGACCAGCAGUGAGUAUAGUUUUCAGCCACAUACGGUUUUUGAAUUGUAGCAAAAGUUGAUUCUUUUACAAAAAUCAUUGAAAGUCAUGUAUUUGUUACAGCAUACUUGGAGGUACUUUAAACUAGCCUAUAGAAACCUAGCCUGGAACUAGGCUAAUAAUAAAAAUUAUUAUGAAGGCCUUUAUUGAAAAACGGAGGGGCGGGUGUUCAAGGUUUAUUAUAAGCAAUUUGGAAAGAAAAAACCUAAGGUGCUUUUCAAAAGAAUAACUGAAAUUGUACUGGGCUAAAACAGCAAUACUGUGUUUCUCAUUCGUUCAAUAAGAACAGUGAAACUGUCGUUUCCCUAAUACAUUGAGUAAACUUACGGUGAAAACAGUGUAAUGUGUUUUCAUGAGCCACCAUGGAAAGAAUCUGUUCAUUACUAAGAUGACAUGUGCACUUCUGUGCAUAAACUAUUAGCUGUGACUGCCGCCAUUGUGUUUUCAUACAGGUCUACAGCAGAGAUUGUGGUCUAGACCCGGGAAUAGAAGUUACCUUCUUCCCUUCAGGAACACCAAUGAGCACAGUGGUGUUAGCCAGUUAACUUUUCUGAUGAAUAAUAAAUGCAAUAACUGCAGCUCAUGGAUGAGAAACUGUCUAAAUACUCUGAAACUUUUAAAUAUCGUAGUUAUAUCAGUGAUCAGUUAUAUUGAUUGAUGUAAGAUUGUACCUUCCUACUCUUUUGAGAACUGAUGAGUUUAAUACCAAAUGCUGCUGAUUAAAUGAAAAAGCCUGCCUUUGAAGUAAUGCGUUUUAUCAAUAAUAGUGAGUUCUCUGACUUUUUAACUUGACUAGAGUCUCACUAUCAACAUGUACACCUUCCAUUCCCCCUUUGCCUUGUCUCGUAGGUUCCUCGAUUUUGCUAUCUGGGGAGGACUCUGUCCACUCCGACUGCAAAUAAGUCCUCUGUUUGUAGCUCUCCCGCCCAGCAGAGAAGCAAUGCAUCCCACUUCAGACCUCUGCCAGUGUUCAGCUAUCCUGACCAUUUACUCCUAGACCUGCAGUCCUGAAUUCAGAAUCCAAAUGUUCCAAGUGCGCAUUGGUCUGUUGCACUGAGGUUUCUGCUGUCAAAGAAAGAUAUUUGUUAAUGAUACCCAAGCUUUAAAUGCAGGGGUGUUUACAUUUCUGAGUAAAAUCUGUGUACUUAUGGGAAAUAAAGGCAUGUCAAAAAUUAUGUGGAAAUAAUGUUGGUUAUUACAAAGUGGAAAAGGGAAACAUUACCUACAAUAACUAUAUUUUAAUUAUUGCUAAAGCUCACAGUUUAUUUCAUAAUAUAUCGUGCCAAAAGCCAGUUACAGAUUUCCAAAGACCAAAAAGUGGUAUAAACUUAAAAUUACUCUAUUUUCCUGAGAGAGGUCUGUGGAACAUGAUGACUAAAAACACAUCUGAGAAUACUUAAUGUCUAAUUACACUAUUUUACUGUAACACAGGCCACUCUUGUAUUUAACCUAAAGAAAAUAACAGUUAACUUUUAUCCUAAAUGAAGAAAUAUCUUUAAGUAUUUUCAUCUCUCGGUCUUGUCUUUCCUUACGAAUUUGAUGGUGGUUUGAACUGGCAGUGUUUCAGGCGUCCGCACCUACCUGCGUCCACAUAGACACUGAAGUUUUACAACAGUUGAGAAACUUUUAUAAAAUAGUUUACCUUGAUCACAUUAACGGUUAGCACAUGGAAAUUAAAUAACCUGGCUUGAGAACGUUAGACUUAAUCAACAGUUCAUACAAACCAUCACAGAGGCAUGACUCUAAGGAAUCUUUCUCCACAAAACAAGAUGAAACAUUUAUAGUAUUAGCCCUUAAAGUACGGGGGCAAGAGAUUAAAGGAACCAAACUUGCAUUUCUGUGCUGAUUUCUUGGACAAACUUUUUAAAAUGCAUUGAAAAUUGAGCUGAACACUUUUAAGCUGAGAACCCUGGUUAAAGAUGCUAGCUGACCUGCUGUGUGAUACUCUGGGGGUCAAAGCCACACGAGGCUGGCCCUGAGCAAACAGGUGUGCUCAUUUCUUAGGGCUUGUUGGUGAGGUUUGCUGCCACACCAAUGUGAAACUGAUCACAUAAUCCAUGUGUGUAGCAUGGGGAGUUCUUUUUGUUUUCUUUUAAGUGUCAUUCACCCUUGCUUUUAAAAACAUGACUUAGGUGGUCUUGAUUGGAGAUGCUGUAAAAUUAAAGUUUGGAAAAAUAGUUAUAAUCUAAAAGUUGUAAGUGUACUACAUCCUUAAAUAAAGUUCCUCGGAAGAGAAG